AAUCUCUCCUGGUCUCCCUUAAUCUCACCUGGUCUCCCUUAAUCUCACCUGGUCUCCCCUUCUCUGUGUAAAAUCCCCCCCAGGUACUCGGCCCCCCUCUAUGUUGACAUCACAAAGACGAUCAUAAAGGAGGGUGAGGACCAGCUGCAGACUCAGCACCAGAAGACCUUCAUUGGUAAAAUUCCCAUCAUGCUUCGCUCCACCUACUGUCUGCUGAGCGGCCUGACGGACCGAGACCUGUGUGAGCUCAACGAGUGUCCGCUGGACCCCGGAGGUUACUUCAUUAUCAACGGCUCUGAGAAGGUGCUGAUUGCUCAGGAAAAGAUGGCCACCAACACGGUGUAUGUGUUUGCCAAGAAGGACUCAAAGUACGCCUACACAGGAGAGUGUCGGUCCUGUUUGGAGAACUCGUCCCGUCCCACCAGCACCAUCUGGGUCAGCAUGAUGGCCAGAGGAGGACAGGGAGUGAAGAAGAGUGCCAUCGGUCAGAGGAUCGUGUCCACGCUGCCAUACAUCAGACAGGAAGUUCCCAUCAUCAUCGUGUUUCGGGCGCUGGGCUUCGUGUCGGACAGAGACAUCCUGGAACACAUCAUCUACGACUUUGACGACCCAGAGAUGAUGGAGAUGGUGAAGCCGUCUCUGGACGAAGCGUUUGUGAUCCAGGAGCAGAAUGUGGCGUUAAACUUUAUUGGUUCCAGAGGAGCGAAACCCGGAGUGACCAAAGAACGAAGAAUCAAAUAUGCAAAAGAAGUUCUGCAGAAAGAGAUGCUGCCGCACGUCGGAGUCAGCGACUUCUGUGAGACCAAGAAGGCCUACUUCUUAGGGUGAGUCCCACCUGUAUAGGUGUCUUUUGAGACCAAGUCCGGGUCAGUAUGUAGUAUGUCUGUAGAUUCAGAGGUUUCUGCCGGUUAAAGAGGAGUUUUUCUUGAAUGUUGGGAUCUCUGUAUAUUUUAGGUCUAGAUCGGCUCUUCAUGAAAAGUAACUCGACAUAACUUCUGUAAUGAUUCAGCGCCAUAUAAAUAAAAAUGGGCUUGACUUGAAUUGUGUAUUACUGUGUGUAGUAUGUGUGUAUUACUACCUCUUCAGGUUAGGGUUAGUGUGUGUGUUAGUGUGUAUUUAUAGUGUGUAUUACUACCUCUUCAGGUUAGGAUUAGUGUGUAUUUAUAGUGUGUAUUACUACCUCUUCAGGUUAGGGUUAGUAUGU